AUGGCUUGUGCCAACGGCUCUGUCCCACUGCUCCUGCCCUGGACCAACAAUACAGUGUCUGCAACCGGCAAAAUCCUAUCCCAGGGCUGCAUCGGCCAGCUUGGUGGCAUCUAUGACAGCGCAACUUCUACCACAUUUGCAGAGGUCGACUACGCAACCUGGCCAGGCAGUAGAGAUUCGGUCGGACUGGCGUCAGGGAGCUCUUCCAUCUUCUUCAACGAUGCUGCAGCUUUCGGUCUCAAACCAGCUACGAACAAGUUUGCAUCCUUCCCCAUGCGGACCAAUGGUUCCAAAGACACCAGCGCUGAAGCGUUCUUGAAGAAUGAUCGAGAUCACAGAGCGACUCUUCCUCUGGGCAUGGACUCAAGCUUUCUGAACUACCUCGUUGAUUCAGGCCAAGCUUCUUCCACAACUUACGGACUGUGGGCUGGAUCCGAGUCCGAAGAAACUCCACAGGAAGGUCUUCUUGUCGUAGGUGGCUAUGACGAAACUCGGCUCAAGAGUGCUGCCACCACUUUUCCUAUGUUUUCCGAUUGCCCAACAUGUGCCAUUCUGACGGCCAUCACAUACGACGUUGGGAGUACGAGUACCACUCUCUUUGCAGCAGCCACAGACACACUUGUUGUCCAUCUUGAUCCCUUCUCCUCGGACAUAAGACUCCCCGCGGCAAUGCUUCAGAACCUAGCGGCUGCGGAAAAGA